AUGCAAAACUUUGGAUCUAAUAAUGACUUGGACGAGAAAGGACAUGUCAUGACUGAUUAACCUAAGAUCAAAGUGAAAUUUGAACCCAAACCAAAACCUUCUACCUGUCCCAUCUGCACAGUUGAAUACUAUUAGCAGUUCUUUGAUAUUGAAUAAAGAGAUGUAUACAUGAGAAUUCGUUGUUCUCUGUUAUCUUGGAAACCUGAGUUCUAUUAAUGCGUUGGAAAAAACCCUGAUUUAUGGGGACCUUUAUGGAUUUCAACCACAAUUAUCUUCAUCUUAUUUGCCGGAGGAAAUCUAUCUCGCUUCUUAUUGGAAGAGGAUAAGAGACAUUUUAAAUACGAAUAUAAUUAUAUGUAUGUGGCUGUGCUUAUAGUGUAUGCUAUGGCAUUUAUAAUACCUAUAAUAUUAGGAGUGAUAAUGAAAUAUAUCCUAAAAAGUGAAUUGGGAGUCUUUGAAAUAGUCUGUAUGUACGGCUAUUCAUUGAGUGUUUAUAUGUUUGUCCUGGUUUUGUGCAUAAUCCCCUACAAUGAAGCCUAAUGGUUCUUUUUGAUGUGUGGACUCGCGAACAGCACCAUAUUUCUGCUGGUGAAUUUAUGGGAUUUCAUGAAAAAGAACAAGCAAACAACUUUAAUAGCUGUUCCAAUAAUAUCAUUCAACUUAGCUUUGAUUCUAUGUUUCAAAUUUUACUUUUUCAGACUAAUUUACGCUGUAGAUGAUUGA